AUGCCCACCACGAGGCGCAACUUGGGUUCCUUCAAAUCGGCACAGGCAUCCUCAACAGCCUCAAAGCCUCAGCCCCCUGCGGUCCCAUCCCCGAUGACCUUCACCAAUAUACCAGCCUCCUCAUCCAAAUCACCAGAAUCCAUCACUCUCAUCUCACCAGGAUCCAAGUUCUCAAAUCUCAAGUCCUCAGAGCUCACACUCCUCCGCAAAAAGCAAGCCCAACUCUCGUCAACCGCACCCCAAACUCUCACCUCGCUCCCAAGCCCAGCUCAUCUCAACGCCCUCCUCUCAACACUCAUCUUCGCUCAACAUGAAGCAGGCACAGCAGUCUGUAUCCACCCCUCAGGCUGGCUUCUAACAUGCGCCCACUGCUUCGGCGACGAUGAAGCCGAGUACCUCUCAUCUCAGAAGAAGCGGUGGCUCCUCUACUACACUGGCCUAGCCGUGCUAGUUGAGUGUCGAGCCUGGGAUCCCCGCCGAGACCUGGCACUCUUAAAAAUCAUCGCCAUCGAGACGCCCGCACCAGGUAACCUUGCUUCAGGCUCGGCGCCUGUAUUCGCUUGCCUGAAACUCUCGGAAGCAGCACCCAAGUACCGGUUGCAGCUGAUUUGUAUUGGACAGCCAGGCAGGGAUGAUUUAGAGGCGGAGGGGAACAAGAAAACGAAGUAUAAUCUAAUUGAGAUUUCAGAAGGGAGGUGGAAGGGGAUGGUUAAGGGGCAGGAUCCGCAGGAUAAUGCGGAGAUUGGGAGUUUGAUGCAUGAUUGUUGGACUUAUUGGGGGCAUUCGGGUGCUCCGUUAAUCAGCGCAGAGGAGGGGGGGCUGGUGGGGUUACAUAGUAGUUGGGAUGACAAGACAGCUAUGAGGCAUGGCGUUCCAGGCGUUGCAAUUAGGGAGUUUUUGAGUGAGCAUUUGCAUGCAGAUGGAAACUUUGAUGAGGGUCUUGGGACAGGUGCCAAUCCGAUCGAGAUUACCUGA